GCAUCACUGACUUCCUUCUCGCCACUGCGACGACUUCGUGGUACGUUGCGCAGAUCACUUUUCAUUGGUUCUUUCUGGUUUCCAUCGAUACCUCGUGGAGCAACAUCGCAAGAGUAUAUCGACGGGGCUGCGUACUGGCGAGGCGACACUCGGCAGUCGACACUAUCCACCAUGUCUUCCAUCGAGAAGGGCGACAUCGUCCACGAUGAAGUGUUGCACGACCAUGAUCUCAAUGCCGUGGACAAGCAGACCGCGAUGCACAUCGGCGUGCUGUCAGAGGAGGAGAAGGUGGUGGAGAAGCAACUGCGGAAGAAAAUCGACACUCUGAUCAUGCCCCUUGUGGUGUUGGUCUACUUGAUGAACUACAUCGAUCGCAACAACUAUGCUGCAGCGAGAUUGCAAGGUCUGGAGUCUGACUUGGGCAUGAGUCAAUCGGAGUACCAACUCGGCUUGAGCAUUCUGUUCGUGGGCUACGUCUUGAUGCAAGUACCGUCCAAUCUCAUGCUCAACUACUGCGGCAAGCCAUCAUGGUAUAUCGGCUUCUUCAUCAUCGUAUGGGGUCUGGUGUCACUCCUCACAAGUCAAGUGUCAAGUCCUGGCGGAAUUAUCGCAUGCAGGUUCAUCCUCGGAAUUGUUGAAGCACCUUUCUUCCCGGGUGUUUUGUUCUACCUCUCAAAAUGGUACACCAAGGGCGAGCUGAACUUGCGGAUGUCCAUCUUCUAUUCGGGUUCUCUGAUCUCUGGUGCCUUCGGAAGCUUGAUUGCCGCUGGUAUCCUGAGCGGCCUUCAAGGUAACCUUGGCCUUUCAGCGUGGCAAUGGCUUUACAUCAUCGAGGGUGCUAUCACUAUCGCGAUCGGUUUCGUGAUUGUGUUUGUGCUCCCAGACUUUCCCGACACCUGGAAACUCUUGUCGCCGGAGAUGAAGCAUGUUGCCAAUCGCCGAAUGGCGCUCGAUGCCGCUGAGGCUGACGUCGAUGGGGGAGGUGGUAUGAGCCAAUGGGCAGGCUGUAAGGCUGCUUUCUCGGACCCGAAGACAUACAUACUGGCUAUCGCGUACCACGGCAUUACCGGCGCAGCAGGUUUUCAAAACUUCUACCCAUCGCUUACGGAGACCCUCGGAUACCCAAGAGUCAUCACCUUGCUCUUGUGCGCGCCACCGUAUAUCUUCAUUACGUUCUACUCACUCGCGCACGGCUUGAUGUCUGACAAGAUCGGCAACCGAUUCUGGUUCUACCUUUACCCAGUCCCGAUUGUCAUCGCUGGAGCUCUUAUCUUCAUGUUCACGGAUAGCUUCGGACCCAGAUAUUUCAGUCUGUUCUUGCUUAAUUUCAUCUUCACGAUGAACGGAACAAUCUACGCCUGGAUCGCCAACGCCAUUCCACGUCCGCCAGCUAAACGCGCAGCUGCUUUGGCUUUCAUGAACAGUGUCGGUAAUGCAGCCUCUAUCUGGACCCCUUUCACCUACGACUCAAACGACAGUCACUACAUCGAGGCCAUGGGAAUCAAUAUCGGCCUUGUUGGCAUCGCCGCGAUCUUCGGUGUCAUUCUUCGCUUCUAUCUGCAAUACCAGAACAAGCAACUGGAACGGUUCGAGAAUGAAGACUCAACACUGACGGACAAAGACCUUAAGAAGCUGGAGAAGACUGCACAGGUGGAAGGCAUCGACAUUGCCACGGCAAGAGCACUGCAGAAAGGCUACAGGUAUAUCAUUUAG